CAGGCGUGAAUGACAGAGGAGGUGCCUCCGACUGCACUUACGGACGUAAACCUGCGUCUUCUCUGCCACGAUGACAUAGACACAGUGAAACAGCUCUGUGGCGACUGGUUCCCAAUUGAGUACCCUGACUCAUGGUACCGAGAUAUCACUUCCAACAAGAAGUUCUUUUCCCUCGCAGCCACCUAUAGAGGCUCCAUCGUGGGUAUGAUAGUGGCAGAGAUCAAGAGCAGGACAAAGGUGCAUAAAGAGGAUGGAGACAUCCUAGCUUCCAAUUUUCCUGUGGACACUCAAGUUGCUUACAUCCUAAGCCUUGGAGUGGUGAAGGAGUUCAGAAAACACGGAAUAGGUUCCCUCUUGCUUGAAAGUUUAAAAGACCAUAUAUCAACGACUGCCCAGGAUCACUGCAAAGCCAUCUACCUGCACGUCCUCACCACUAACAACACAGCAAUAAACUUCUAUGAAAACAGAGACUUUAAACAGCACCACUAUCUUCCCUAUUAUUAUUCCAUCAGAGGGGUCCUCAAAGAUGGCUUUACCUACGUCCUGUACAUCAACGGUGGACAUCCACCCUGGACAAUCUUUGACUAUCUACAGCACAUUGGAUCGACUCUAGCCAGCCUGAGCCCGUGUUCAAUCCCCCAGAGGAUCUACCGACAGGCCCAGAGCCUCCUCUGCAGCCUCCUGCCCUGGUCUGGCAUUUCAGCCAAGAGCGGCAUUGAGUACAGCCGGACGAUGUGA